CAGCGAAUGGCGGGAAAAUUCGAUAUUGUUCGAAGUGUCGACAUGUUUAGGUUGCUACUUGUGAUUUCUACAAUAUGUCUAGAGGCGAAGGCAGUCUGUUGCUAAGAAAUAUCUGUGGAGAAGUUGUCAAAGAUACAUUUCUUGAGGCAAAAGAUUCUCAUGGAAACUGGUACCCUGUGAAGGUCCUUGAAGUCGACAGAAGCAAGGUUCAUGUUCAUUUUUGUAAUUGGAGUUCUCGAUAUGAUUCGUGGUAUCCGAUAAAUUCGAAAUGUUUACGCUCUGUUAAAAAAGAUUUCACAAAAGAUACUCCAAAACUGAUAAAACCUAACACUUUUAGCUAUUCGAUGGAGAAAAGUCCAGAAACCAGUGAUACCCAUUAUGAGGUGGGUAGUUACGUAAUGGCUGCAUGGCGCAACGACUUCGAAUAUCUUGCUGAGGUUCUAGCCCAUCGUCAGCGACAUGGUACAAGAGCAGAGUAUCGCCUACGUUAUAUUUGGGAUCGCGUUGUAGAAUGGACACCCGUCAGCAAGUUACGCAAAGCAACUCAGUACGAAAUCGAUUAUGUUUUAAAAUUCUGUAAAGAGCAAGGUACACUAUCAACAAAUAAAAUCCCUAGUAAAUUUGAUCUGCAGUAUUCAUGUAGUAGUAGCAAUGAUUCUGCAUCGGGGACAUCUCAAGCUAAAAGAAUAAGGACAACUAUGUCAGAAAGCAAGUCAUUAGACCGCACUUCGGAUCCUGAAACACAUCGCUAUCGGUCACGUCCUACUCGUGUAAGUACAAGUGGUUUCUCUGCCUUAGAAGACAAAAAGACUCUUCUUCCAACAUUAUUUGAUGGAAUCAUCGAACAGGAUGGGAUGGUUUAUGACAAGAGUGUUUUCCAGUUUCACGAAGCCUGUCGAAGACGUCGUGAAUUGAAGAGAAAAGCUAUCGAAGAGAACGACACAUGUCCAUAUGGAUUCGACAGUUCUGUAUCUGUUUUGAGUCAAACAUCCACCAUUAGGUCAAACCAUCAGAACAGGCGUGGUCUUAAUUCACAACAUAAUUCUAUAAGAACCGAAAAUUAUACAGCGGAAGCUACAGUAGCAUCCCCACCGGUAUCGUCGAUUUCAUCUUACCAGAAAAGUGAUGAAAUAAAAGAAGGAAAAUUGUCAGAGAAGGUAUUUCAUCUCUCAAACAGUUCAUCAAGUUUGUCCGAGUCAAUUAAAUGUACUGAACGACGACGCCGAACUACACUGUACAAAAGAGAAACACAAAUAAAAGUAUCUAGUGUUCCUGAUUCAAGAGAGAUUUUUACAAAAGUUCCCGUUAAAUCAGCUGCACCUGUUGUUUACCCAUGCCCUUACUGCUCUCGUCAGUUGCGAAAUUCAAAAUUACUGGAUGCACACAUUGUUAAUUACCACAAAAGUGUGUCUGGUAGCACAAAAUCUACAACUAGUAAAAAAGAAGAAAUUUAUCGAAAUCGAUAUUUACCAUGGAAACCUCAUAUGCAAUUAUCUCCUCUUGGAUCAUCAGUCUCAAAGGCGAAACUGAGUGAAUCGCAUUCUAAUACAACAAGCGCUCCUGAAUUCACCCGACUUCUUUCUUGUCACUAUUGCGAUUUGCGAACAUAUGCCACAGAAAAAGAACUUGAUCUUAUUCAAUGUUCGCAUUGUUUAUGUUGGUUUCAUCGUUUGUGCGGUGGUACUUCAUCUGACCAGAAAUCACUCUCGGAUGUAGACUUUUUGAGUGGGAAUAAACUUUAUUCAUCUGUUGUUUGUAAUAGUUGUCGGAUGGUUCUACGUUCAGUUAGGAAAUCUCGCAAAAAUGAAUGGCGAACGGAAUUACUACAAACACAUAAUCUUAACUUCGAGUUUUCAAAACGAGGUUUGUUAAUUGAUCUAUCGUCUAUUUUGAAUAAAACCUGUCAGUUACGUCCAUUAUUAGCUUCUGGAUGGCAUAUAUUGAAUAGGUCAAAGUUGCCCUCUGUUUCUGAUCAAUUAAAGCAAAAUUCUAGCAUCAAGAAUGUCUGUCGAGACGCAUCCAGAUCAAGUGAAUUUCCAACUUCGAAGUUUACUGAAAGUACCAAACAUACAGCCUCGGUUGUACAUACUCCUGAAGACCAAGUUAAUCGGCUCUAUAUGGAAUUGAGAGGUGUAGCGUUUGGAAAUCUUGCUGGAGCUAAUAAUGAAAUUAUUGCAUCGAAGUGUGAUCAUUUACAACUUCCAAAUGAUAACCAUACUUUUUGUAUUUCUACACCAGACUCUGAAUAUCCAAAUACCAACUGGCCUUUGGAUGAAGCAGUUAACAGUUCUCAAUCAGAAUCCCUUUCAUACCAAGUUACUGAUCCUGCUUAUCAUAUUGGCCCCCAAGAUCUGUCAGGAUUUCUCCAAGAUCUUGGUCCCGAUAUCAUUCCAGAAAUUUCAGGUUUUAAUGCUGAUGGAGUGGUAAAUAUCAGUAGUACUACUACUUCCGACUCCUGUUCUGUAGAUGAAUUUUUGAAGGUACCCAGAUCGUAUGCAGAACAACUAUCCAUUUCACAGAAUAAUGAUAGAUUAUAUAAAGAGAACACAACUUGCCAGUUACUUGGUUCUCAUCCUAGGGCUAUCAAUACCUCUGACAAAGACUUAGGCACUAUUCUUGAUGUUUCUGUUUCGGAAGAUUCUACUCUAAGUCCUUUGAAAUAUUUUUCCAGUACUGCAUGUAAUGAUCACUUGGAGUCAGGUCAUCAAUACCCUACAUGCAGCUCUAGUAGCCCUUCAACCUCGUCACCCGACAAGCCUAUGACUCAAACAUCUUUUGAUGUCAAAAACAACAGAUCUAAUAAUGACGGUGAAAUUCCAGUUAUUGACAGGAUUUCAACUAAUCACUUGGGAACGGGUGUUGGAUCAGAUAUUAUUAACUUAUCCAUUCCAAAAUGUGCGCGUUCAAUCAUCUCUGAUAUACUGAGUAGUCCUUUAAAUGAAGAUUUUGUUACACCUUGUGUCAGUCAACAGUCUGAUCUAAAAGGAUCUAAUAUUCUGCCUACAUCCUAUAUCAAUCAUGAAUAUGACACUUCAUUUGUCAACUAUUACUUGGACUCAUACCGGAAAUAAAUGGAUAAUCGUCUUGUAAUUUAUUGCGCCCACAAUAUCUUCCACUAUUCUGUUUCAGUUAUAAACGAGUAAUUUAAAGUGUUAUUUU